AUGGUCUUGCGCACAUACUUCUGGUCCAUUCCCUUUUCCAAGCAGGGAAAGGUGCGUUUCUCGGUGGCUUUGACCAAUGAGAUGCUCGGACCUAUUCUGAGGAGGUGGAGGGUGCGACUGACCUCCGGCUGCUGGUCACGACCUCCAGCUGGCCAUCCGAGUCAUCCGGGUCGCGGGUUGGCGAAGAUCGGAGCAGAUCCCGCAGCCCAAGAAAUCGAUUUGCUCGAGAUCUCGAAGCAUUUGUCGCCUGUGGAAAGGCUGGGGUCUGACAUGGCGACCCUGACCUGCAAGAUGGCUGACUGGAAUGCAGCCCUUUCUUGUCUCUCCAUGCCGCUGACAGGUAAUCGGGAAGACGAGCACUCUUUCAGGUGCUUUGAACUAGGAGGGCAAAUCCUGCGUAUUCGAGAAGAGAUUUCUAGCGAAGAUAUGCCAACUGGAGGGCGCUUGUGGGAUGCUGGUAUUGCCUUAGCUCACUGGCUAGCAGCUAAAGAUAACGACAGAUCCAGACUCGUUGGGAAGACCAUCCUGGAGUUGGGCAGUGGUUGUGGCCUGCCCGGAAUUGUGGCAGCUCACGUGCUUGGAGGCCAUAUUUUCUUCAGUGACAAAAAGGCGGUGCUGCCACUUACUGCGCUGAACGUAGCUGCCCACUGUCAAGAUUUGCAGACCUCCAUCAUGGAGCUUGACGACUGGGGCCUGGAGGAACACCGCCUCAAUGCGCUUCAACGCCUGGAUGGUAGCUCCUUUGAUGUGGUCCUCAUGUCGGACUUGUGCUACACGACCUCGGCCUUACCCAAGCUCAAGGACACAGUGCUUCAGCUCACCAGACCCAAUGCCAUGCUGGUUCUGGCACAUAAAGUCAGAAGCGAAGAGCGGAACCAUGAAAACCCCAUGAAGGCAUUGCAACCCUGGUUUGAUGUGUGCCUGCAGAAGACCUUUGGACCUUGUGAUGCCGAAGUGCUCUUGUUCAUCAUGGAGAGAACGCGAUAG